AUGCAAGGAGAGCUUGGAAGUUUCAAGGCGGGUGUUAUGAGGUCGGCAGGUCGGUCCCUGGAGCGAGAUGAGAGAGAGAUGGUCCCCCAUCGCCGCACGGAAUGUCAGUCGAAUGGAGUUGGUCGUCUGCCUUUCCAUCCUCUUUGCGAGAGGUCCUUGGUCCCACCCACAAGGAGAUACGCUACGGAUUUGACGGAUUCAAGACCCGGCCCCCCUGUCCAGGUCGGUGCGAGGCGAUUCAGGAGUACAUAUGCGGGUAUCUGGGCGGUGCUUUGGCAGGUUGUGGAAUCUCGGCCAGGCGGGGUUGAGGUGGUGUGGAUCAAAGGUCACAGCAACAUCCACGGAAACGAACUUGCGGAUCAGGCGGCGAAGGUGGCAGCACAGAGUGGUUCAGUGCCCUGGAUGGUGGAUCUCACUCAACAGACGGAUAUCACGACCUUUGCACAUUGUUACGGCGGGAUUGUUGAAAUCGAUCUACGUCAGCUCCUCAAACAACAAUCGACAAUCCGUCACCAUCAGGCCUGGACGUCACAGAGGCGGGUCAAGAGGGCGAUUCCUGACAUCGAUGACGUGGAAUGGAACUCGACCUUGGCUUAUGUCCACGACAGGCACGCAGUCUUCACCUUUUACAGCAACAGCAAGGACUCUCACCAACGCACACAUCAUAUCAAAAAGCUGCAUGGAAUGCUGCCCACUCUGAACUCCAUGCAGGCUCGCAAGCCCAACCUGUACCCAACAUGCGUGUGCCAACGAUGCGAGCUCGAGAAGGAGGAUAACGAUCACGUCUGGAAAUGCCCUUCGGCAGCUGAGACCACCACUGAGAUCUGGAAGGAGGCCAUGGGCAAGAUUAACGAGUGGGGUGUGCAGGCGACAAACAGCUACAACGCAGCCAGGAAGCGGGAAUACAAACGCGCGGUGGACAGCGGUCGUCAGGUACCGAGGCCAGACCCAUACACUGGUGGCCCCCUUCGGAUGCGGAUCAUGUGCGAGGAUUUUCCUCCAUCGGUGGAGCUCGAGCCGUGCACAGCGGUAGUCCAGCUCCCGAUCGAGACGAGAAACCGAUGUGGAAUGUGUCGGAUCUCCUCCGCGGCAUCACCCCCUUGA